AUGGAAGAGCCUCAUACGCGAUUUUCACGCGAAUCUAGAGGAAUACUAGAUAGCUUGGAUCCUCAGCGCUUUUCUUCCCAAAUUCCAGCUCCAAUUUCGGGUCGAAGACGAAACAGUACUGCAUCAGCGAUUGGUGGAUCUGGUCUCACAGAUUUGAUCAACAAAAGCGUGGCUAAAACGAGACCAGAAAACACACGACGGCCAUACACAGAUUCAAGAAAAAGCCUGCUGUUGGAUUCUCGAAAGAGUCUGCGUUCUUCACAGCGAACGUCUCUUUUACCCAGUAGUGGCAUUAAUGGUGGUACCAAUGCCACAAAUACAAACAACAAAGAUCCAAGACCUCUAAGAGAUAAAAACUUCCAAAACAUCAUCCAACAAGAAGUAUUCGACUAUCUGCAGGCCCAGAAGUUCGAUGUUCAGGCCAAUCACCCCAUAUCUCUCAAGGCUCUGCGACAGCCUACCCAAAAAGAUUUUAUUUUUGUCUUUAGAUGGCUGUAUCAAAGAAUGGAUCCAGGCUACACAUUUACCAAAUCUCUGGUAUAUGAUGUGUAUGCGAUCUUGAAAACUAUCCAAUACCCUUAUUUAGAGACCAUCAACAAAUCCCAGAUAUCAGCAGUGGGGGGAUCGAGUUGGCCCAAAUUUCUUGGAAUGUUGCAUUGGCUGGUAAAUACUAACAAAAGGUUAGAUGCGUAUCUCCAGAAAGUGGAUUUGACUCUUGUUAGCCAGAACACUCAAGACAUCACGGUACUGCGACAACCCAUAGGUACGGUAGACGAACAGGAGGACAAACAGGAAAAAUACGAACUCAUAGUAGAACGGCUGUUCAUUGACUACAUAGUACAGUCGUACAAAAGUUUCUUGAACUUGGAUGACGAUUAUACCGCGUACAUGAAGGAGUUGGUUUUGGGUUUCGAAAAGUUUACCCAGGUCAUUCAAACCGAUAUCAGCAAUAUAUCGAUGUCAAACAGUCAUCUGUCCGUGAGAUAUCAUGAUUCGGUGGAAAAGGGCAAGGAGGUAAAGGUGGCAAGGGACAAAUUCAACGCUUUGCAAAGCGAUCUAACAAAAUUUCAAAAUUAUGUGAAUGCCAUGCAGCACAAGAGUCAAGAAUGGCCGCGCAAAUUGGAGAAGAUGGAGACAGAAAAACAUCUGAAGGCAGAAGAGGUGAAGAAAACCGAAAAGGAUAUUACUGAAUUGCGCGAGUUGAUAAAAGGCAAGAGCAUGGAGAUUGCCGAAAUCGACAAAUACAAUGUGGAGCGUGAAAGGUUGACGAAAGCUUUGGACACGAUAUCCAGUCAAAUCGAUCAGGCUGUAAGCUCCUUGAAGACUCAAAGACGGGAGACCGAUGGUGCGUACAAGACGCUGAUAGACGUGAGCGAACAAUACCGAGUAUCAACAGACAGUCUCGCCAUGGCUCGGUUGAAGGUGGGUCAUGACACAAGUGACGCUCAAAAGAUAUUUUCGCUCCCCGCCGCGUUCCUUUCGAACUACGAUUUCACACAGAAUGAAUCACAAUUUGAGGUUCCGGAGGGACUGCGGAUCCGUGAGACGAUCAUGCCCGUAUUGUCAAAGUUGAAUGCGACCAUACAGGUUCGAAUACAGGACUUUUUGCGGGAAAACUCGUCGUAUGAGGCACAACUAGACGCAAUUCGUCUAGAAAUCAAUGAAAAGACCAAGGAGCUUGAAUCUUUGGAACACGAGAUGUCCUUGACAAAGUCCCGAUACGAUGCGUUUAAGCAGGAGAGUCAUGGUAGACUAUUGUCUCAGCGCAUCGAAAUUGAGAAAAUGGAAAGAAAACUCCAAAACGCGAAGUAUACGUCCCAUCAGAAGGUGGUUCAAGCAGAGCAAGACGUCGAGAAUACAAAACUUCGAUAUGAAGAAUUGAAAUUGUCCUUAAACCGGGAGAAAAACAACUUGUAUUCCAAAGUCAUAAAUGUCAUCGACUAUGUCAGCACCUUCAAGAUAAACGUCCAGUCUUCAGUGGAAAAUUUGGAACUACUUGCAGUUGAGAAGCUGAACGAAGUGAAAUCGGAAUAA